AUGCCUGCCCAGGUUAAUGGCGACGCCCACCCCGCUUCGGCGACUCUCUCUCACAUUUCCGAGUACCCGGUUGUCAAUGACAGCCUUAGCUACUUGAAGAAGAACCCUUAUGGCCAGAAAUCGAUCGAGUUGAGCGACUCGGCCUACCAGACCUUUGCCAAGCCCAUCAUGCCAUACUUAGCCAGGCCAUAUCAGUAUGUCUCGCCCUAUGUUCAGAAGGCAGACUACAUUGGCGACAACGCGCUCGGCAGGUUCGACCAGCGCCUCCCCAUCCUGACCAAGUCAACCGACGAGCUUCUCGACUAUGGCCAGAACAUCAUCUUCUUCCCUCUGCGCAAAUCCAUGCAGACCAAGGACCAUCUUUUCGAUGUCUACGCCUCAGAGCGUAAGAAGUUUAACGGUGAGGGUCUGGUGACGUACGGCAAGGCUUGGGUCUCUACGGGGCUUGUCGCCACGUCUGAGGUCCUGACCUGGAUUGGCGAUAUGAUAAGAGCCAGCAAACAACAAGCCAAGCAAUUCGGCAAUGAGGCGGCAGAACAGGCCAAGGAAACCGGUAGCGAGGCGGCAGAACAGGCCAAGCAAUCCGGCAAUCAAGCAUCAGAGAAGACCAAGGAAACCGGCAAUCAGGCGUCAGAAAAGGCCAAGCAAACCGGCAACCAGGCGAGAGAAAAGACCAAGGAGGCUGGCGACAAGGCCAAAAACUAG